AUGUCUCCAACACCAUCAAAACCAGAGAUUCUCUUAAACAACAGGUUCCUAAGCUACCUCAUAUGGCAAUCAAUACCCUCCACUCUCAUCUUCAUCUUCUCCUUUUUCCUUCUCCCCCAAACCCCUUUUUGGUCUUUCCUCCCUUUCCUCACUUUCCAGUUCCUCUUCUCCGUUUCCCUAUCCUUCGUCUCUUCACCUUCCUCCCACCCCAUUUUUCUCAACUUCAAGCUCUCACUCACUUUCCUUCUCUUCAUCACCGCCUCAGCCUUUUCCGGUUCCGUUGCGGCGCUUUCUUUAUCCGGAUUUAACGAUUCUGGAAGAGUUGGGUUAAGGGGUUUCCUUGUUGGUUUGAUUUUUGGGUUUCAUUAUGUUUUUAAGCGUCGUUGGGUUUUGGAGUUUCCCAUUAUUCAGCGUCCUCCUUUCUUCAACUUCAAGAUGGGGAUUCCUUUGGCUGCUAAACGUGCUUUUAAGCUUUCCACUGUUGCUUUCAUUUUUUCUGCUGUUUUGUUAGAGAUUAUUCCUCACCCUUUUAAGUGCAGCAUUGCUACACAGAAAUUCUUCGGUGAACAGAUUGUGUUCUUUGUUGGUAGUUUUGCUAUCUUUUUCUGCUGGGAGUUGACUCAUAAUUUACAUCGGGUUUUACAUACUAAAAGAUCCGUAUUUGCGCCCCCAAAAGGAUCAGCAGCUGCAGAAACAAAUCCAAGCGAGCAUCUCCUUUCAGCCUUGGAGGAGAGUAAUCCAAAAUCUCUUCUUCGAUAUCUUGCUUACCUUGAUCUUUGUAUGGUUUGUGAGAACAAUGUUGACACUUGGCGUCGUGCGGCAUUUUUCGAAGAAUCCGGCGAAACUUACAAGAGAGUAAUUGCUGUGUGCUUGAGGCCUCUGGAGCAACUUGCCUCAAGAUUAGGUGAGAGCAUGAGUGAUUCUACUGACAAACCUACUCAACUAUCUGAUCAAUUAUCCUCCCCAACAGACGUGAAGCACGUAGAAGAACUGUAUAACUUCCAGCUAUAUGCUUGGUGCUCAAGGAUUGUUGCCUCACUGACUGCCUCUUCACGCAAAGAGGAUAAGUUUGGGGCUGCUCAGCUUUCUGGGAGUAAUGCUGCUGUGGUUUCGACGCUGAUAUCAUGCCUUCUUGCUGUUGAGAAUUUCAUGGGAAAGAAAACAAACCUGCAAUCACCAAAUCAAUUGUUGGGAUCUUCGGGUAUCAAAUGGGCGACAGCUAAUAGUGGAAGAUUAGAUAUUGCAGCUGCUUCUAGUAAAAGGAAAAAUGGGCCAGCAAUUUCAAAAGCUUAUGCUAUUGCUGAUGUUCUCAAGACAUCAAUCUACCAAAUAGUAUCUUCAUUUCAUGAUGAGAUGUUGGCUGGUACUAAAACAAGUCUUCUGGAGAAGGACUGGAUCACAAGCAAGAAACCACUUUUCGGUACUCGUGAGAUGCUAAUACAGAAGUUACGCCUUUUCCUUGAUUUCCGGGCUACCUAA